AUGGGGAAGAGAGGCCAUGUAUUAGCAAUCCCAUUCCCAGCACAAGGCCACGUCACGCCCCUUCUCAAACUCUCCCGCCUCAUCGCCUCUCACGGCCAUUUCAAGGUCACAUUCGUCAACACACAUUUCAUUCACAACAAAUUAGCAGCAUCCACUGAUCCACUCGACGACGUCGUUCUCGCUUCCAUCUCCGACGGCCUGCCCGACGACAGCGAUCGGACCGACGCUUUCGAGCUGUGGGAGAGCCUCAACAGCACCAUGUCCGCCCACCUGACCGAGCUGAUCGAGAGCAUCAAUGCCUCAAAUUGCGAUGAGAAGAUUAGCUGCAUCAUCGCUGACGUCACGCUCGGAUGGGUUUUGGAGAUUGCUCCUCGUUUUGGAGCGGAGUCCGUUGGUUUUAAUCCUACCUCUGCUGCUUCAUUUGCUAUAAUUCUUCAAAUCCCCAAUCUCAUUCACCAAGGGAAGCUUGAUUGCGAUGGAAAUCUGAAAGGGAGCGAGAAUUAUGUGAGGCUGGCAGAUGAAAUACCAGCGUGGAGAAAAGAUGAAUUUGGUUGGAGCUUUCCUCUUGACUUGAAAACACAGAAACUCUUGUUAGAGUGCUGUCUUUCUGGGGAGAAAGCAGCCAGAUCUCGUUCUAAUUGGCUGCUAUGCAAUACAUUCUACGAGCUCGAGCCCUCGGCUUGCGAUUUGAACCCUAAACUAUUGCCUAUAGGGCCAUUGCUCGCCUCGAAAACUAGGGCAAGUUGUAGCAGUUUAUGUGUUGAGGAUAUGUCUUGUAUAAGAUGGUUAGAUGAGAGAGCAAUCGCCUCGGUGAUCUAUGUUUCUUUCGGAAGCUUGGCCGUUUUAUCCGGCCGCCAGCUUCAGGAGCUGGCGUUAGGGCUUGAGCUAUCCGGCCAGCCCUUUUUGUGGGUCGUGAGGUCGAAUUUUACCAUUGACGGGUCCAAAGUUGAGUAUCCAGAGGGUUUCUUGGAGAGGGUAUGUGGUGGCCGCGGGCUAGGGAAAGUAGUCGAAUGGGCGCCUCAGGAGAGGGUUUUGUCUCAUCCUAGUGUGGGGUGCUUUCUGUCGCACUGUGGGUGGAACUCGACUCUUGAGGGGCUGGCUGAGGCCGUGCCCUUCUUGUGCUGGCCGUAUUUUGCGGACCAGUACCACAAUCAGAGCUAUAUUUGUGACAAGUGGAAGGUUGGAUUGAGAAUUGAACAAGAUGGAGAUGGGAUUAGGAGUAGGGAUGAGGUCAAGAAGAAAAUUGAGAUAUUGGUGGGUGAUGAUGGGAUGAGAGUUAAUGCAUUGAGAUUGAAGGAGAUUGCUAAAAAGAGUGUUGGUCAAGAGGGAUCUUCUUUUGUGAAUUUUCAUAGAUUCAUUGAUCAUCUCAUGGUGUAUAAGGGAUGA